CGCAUAGAUGGUCUGGGAAACCAUGCUGCUCCAAGACAACCAUACUAUCACAAGGAAUGGGAUGCAGCAUGGCCAUUUAUAGCCUGAGAAUGCCCUCGUAAAUCUGGGCCAAUUGGACAACACGAAAUACUCAUUACAGGGAAAUAAUUUGCUUUUAAAGUGCAUAUAAGUCUGGGGGUUUGACGCCAUGCAUCGUGCCUUCUCGUUCCCGGUGACUGUGGAGCGCAGUCGGACCAAGGAGCGCCUGGAGGCGAGUCUGUCCGGGUUGUGUGAGCUAGAGCUCCGCAAGCAGAGGCAGGAGUGCCUGGUGCUGGGGGCGCUGGCUCUGGGAGACCCUCUGCUCCAGGACUGCUCCAGAGGAGAGCUGGCGUGUUUCAGCAGCUGGGGGCAGGAAAACUUGACACUCAGGCGUCAGCUGAGUGCCCUUCAGAGUUCCCCAUGGGGCCUAAUGCAGGCGCUGGAGCAGCAGGUGGGAGAGCUGAGGAUCGACACCGACGAUUGCUGCUAUGAUGGAGCUCAAGGGGACGCGGGCGACAGUCGGCCGAGUUCUGGUUUCUACGAGUCGAGUGAGGGUCAAUCGCCUAAGGGAAGAUCUUGUUCCACUGAGCCCUCAGAGGCAGUUUCCUCCUGGGCUUACACCAACGACAGGCCGAAGUCUGUGGCAGAUCCCCUCAUGUUGAAUGGAGAACUGGAUGUGCCAGUCUUACGCUCCACCCUACCCCGCUCUUUCUCAGCCCCUUACCCGCCUCUGGAGGGCAUCGCUGAGGAAGGCGCAGCAGUGGACUCCUGGCAGUGGGACCCCAGCGAAGCCUGGCAGCAGCAGCCUGAGUAUCAGGUCACAGAGGAGGACUACCAGCAGGCUUUGAGGGUAGAGGGUUACAUCCUAAGUCUCAUCCAGCGGCAUACCCUCGCACCGCGGCCGUGUCAGCCUCGAACCACCCUGAGCCCCGACCCCCCAUACUGCAGUGCCUCCGGACACAGCUCCCUACACAGGAGAACUCCUUCUCUUUCCACAGAGCAGCGCUUUCCUGACCCCCAUCUUCAGCCCCAUGUUGACCUUUCGGCAAACCCUAAGAGCCAGGGCUGGGGUUGUGACCUGCUGGAGGGGGAGGCCUGUGGGGGAGAGGCCCCAUCUUUGGAGGAGGACUGUUAUCUUGCUCUGCCCUACCCCCAGUCCAGGCCACACUCCCUGGCUGAGAGGCUACCAUCACCUCUGCCCUCCCUGGACCCCAACUGUGGUGUUGGGGUUCUUGACCUUUGUUAUGAACCCCCAUCCCCCCAGCAUUACUUGCAUCCACAUCCAGCUAUUCAUCAAAAACACAAUUUAGUAAGUGCUCAGUAUAUCCCUGGACAUGCCUGCCAUGCCCCUGUGUGCUCCCCCAGACACUACAACCCAGAGCAGCUUAAAGCCAACCGAGCUGUCACCUCUCCUGACCACCCAAACUCCAAGUCAAGACCUUCCAAGAAGAGCCACAACGAGCGACAGAGAGUCAAGAAAUCGAGCAGUAAAACCAGUCGAUCCCAGUCUGAAAACAGCCUUCUGGGCCAGCGAGUACUGCCGGAGCGCAGGUACAGCACCACUGAGAGGCACCAAGGCAGAGGGGAUCUUGCUGAGAACCAAGGCCAUGUCACUGGACCGCAGGUGGGCAGCAACGAGAGCCGACGUUGGUGCUCCAACCUGGAGCUCAGCCAGGAUGAAGGGGAGACCAUAGCAGGGCAGUCACAUAGACGCCAACCUCGAAAAGCUCGCCACGGUCAUUCUUGUCCCCAUUCCCAACCCCAGAACUACCAGCAGCAGCAGCAGCACACCCAGCACUGGCACCCAGACUUCCAGGAGAGAGCACCUAUCUGUCAGGGAGAGGGGGGCUAUGCUGCCGCUGCCGCCCCCGCAGAGUCCGAGUCCAGCAUGAGUGAGGUGUAUUCCCCGGCCUCCAGCUCACUGUCCAGUGACUCAGAUGAGAGUGGGGGGCUUGUGUGGCCCCAGCAGCUGCCACCACGCCUUGCUUCUACCUCCUCCUCCUCCUCACCUUCACCAAAGGCCACUGCCAACGCCCCCGCUCAACCAAAAGCCUUUGUCAAGAUCAAAGCCUCUCAUGCUCUCAAAAAGAAGAUCCUCAGAUUUCGCUCAGGGUCCCUCAAAGUCAUGACUACUGUAUAAGGAAGUUCUCAAAGCUGUUAAAGUCAUACCCAUUACUACUGUGUUGUACCGCUAAAGUUAGAGAAACACCGACCAUGUGUUAACUAACCAAUCCAGUGUUUGUACUCUACCUACCUCUAAUGACAUGUGUUCUUAGUGACAGACCUUCACAUUAAAGUGGCAUUAGACAACAUUUAUUAUGUUAACUUGUCAAUAUUAACUUUAUGGAUUGGCUAUAGAAUAAUGACACCAUCAGCGUUGAGAUUAGUUCCUUGGUUCGCUUUCAGGAUGCAAUUCUGUCUGCCUCCAGGUUCCGAACUCCCUUUCACAAUAAAAGCCCUGUAUACAUACACUGCAUCACUGCUCACCAGCUGAGCAUUUCGACGCAACUCAACAAAACAGCUUACAGUUUCCAGUUCUUUGGGAUUCUUAGUUUGCUUUCGACACUAACUCAACAGAGAGAAAAUGUGUUAUAUUGUUUGUCUACUCGGAAACACAAGGGAAACGUUGUAAAGUUAUCUGAUUCCGCUUUAAUGGGCAUAAUUACAGAUCUGCUAGACAUCAUCUGGUUGGAUUUAUCUUAUAGCCGACCACCCUCAGACACGAGACUAAUGAGCAUCAUCCUGCUCUAAUUGAUGAUAAUUGGUGUGAUGCAAAGUUGCACUGUGUUGACAUGGACCGCAUCGAAGCUAAUCGACUGAAUAUACUGCCAGUUGUUCUUUAUGUCUGUUGGCCUUUUAAAUAAUUAAUCAGAUUGUGUGGUUAAUUUGCUGAACACCAAAGCUCUAGAAAUUAGGUUAAAAAAAGUCAUUUAUGGCAGUAAUUCUUCCAAAAAAAAAGAAUUGACGGGUCCAACAUUUCCUGCUAAUUUCCUCUAAAGUUUCCUAGAAAGGAUUGUGUAAUGUGGUACUAAUCAGAGGAAACAGCUCAAUUUAAACUUAAGUAUUAUUGGAAACUACUUGUAUAGUUAGCUGACCUUCUCUGCACCAAUUAAUUGGAAUUGAUCAAUUAAAAAAAGAGUGUAGCAUUUACCCACAUAUCAGUACCAAAUGACAGUUGUUUCCAGGAAACCUAGUAUGAGGAUAAUAUUCGGACACUACCAACCAAUGAAAUGUAGCAUUACUAAGAGCAUUACUUUAGGUUGUGGUACGACUUUAGAGUAAGGAUUUUUCCUGCACUUAGCCAGCAUUGUAUGGAAAAAAAUCCUUAUUGUUUGUUAUACUCAGCUCUGUCUCUUUUAUAAACUGUGCUGUAGAGAGCGAUGAGCAUCUGUGAGACAGGAAUGGGUUAAAUAGAAGCCAUAUAAGGGACCCGGAUGUAUAAGUGACACAGAUUUAAAGAAACAUAGGGACACUGACCUGGACACUCUUGUAAAUAUGUAUGUGUUUGUAUAUACCAUCAUGCGGCCUUGUUUGGAAUGAAUGAUUGUAAAUAAAGGCGAUGUUGCUCUUGAUUUUGA